UUCCACAACAGAGAAGAAACAACCUUAAUCUCUGCUACGUUGCAUAUAUAUCACCCCCACCCAGCCAUCCUCCAGGGGUUGAUAUAUAUAUACAUACAUAUCGUGAUACAUACAUACAAACCGUCGUGUAAAUCGCAUUUCCACGCAGAAACAGAGAAGACCCAAAAAUCCAGAGUCUUGAGAGGCGUUUCCAGCGACAUUAUUGAACAUGAUGCCGGCGGGUUACGCCACCAAGGGGGGCUAUGAUAUUGAGGCCGGCGUGAAUGGCGGGCUUUACCCCGGGAUGAUGGAGAGCCCGCAGAUGCGUUGGGCUUUCAUUCGCAAGGUGUAUAUCAUCGUCUUCAUCCAGUUGUUCAUCUGCACAGCAGUCUCCGUCGCCAUGUACUUCACCCCCGCCGUCAAGACCUUCAUGAAAACCCCUCAGGGCUUGAUCGCCCUCAUAUGCUUAGUCAUUCUCACCUUCAUUCUUAGCUUGGUAAUGGGAUGUGUAAGCAACAAGCAUCCGUGGAACUAUCUUUUCCUGUUUCUCUUUACUGUGGCCAUGGCUGGCAUGGUUGGAGUGAUUUGUGUAUACAAGAAAGGAAUGCCUAUCAUGAUUGCUGCUGGUCUUACUGCGCUUAUAUUCGUUGCGCUUACACUCUACACAUUCUGGGCGGCGAGUAGAGGCUCUGAUUUCUCCUUCCUCGGUCCUUUCUUGAUCUGCGCCCUCCUGGUGCUCACGGUUUUUGGUUUUAUGAGGGUGUUUAUUCCUAUGGGGAACACUGGGCAGCUGAUAUACGGAUGCAUUGGCGCCCUCGUCUUUUCUGGUUUCAUCAUAUAUGACACUGACAACUUGAUCAAGCGCUUCAGCUACGACGAAUACAUUGCUGCUGCAGCUUGCCUGUUCUCGGACAUUAUCAACCUCUUCAUCGCGAUUCUUAACAUCUUGGAGGGUGCUGACUGAGUGAUUGGAAUCUGCUCUCACAGAGUUGAGUUGCAGAAACAGCUAAGAAUCUGAUAUGAACAUGAAGAAAACUCUCUCCCUCUCUUUUCUCUGCUCAUCUUCUUCAUACACACACUCUUCUCCACCUGUAUUUUGUAAAUUUUUUAUGUAAAUGGGAUGGCUGAUUCUGCUCUGUGGUGUCCUUUAUCAAUGGAUGUCACUGUUUCUUGAGCAUUGAUGUGCUUCCAUUAGUUUUGCAGUAUCAGUGAAUUCUCUAGUAGGAUGUAAAUAUGAAAACUUUUGACUGUGCUAAUUGAAUGGCAUGUAUUGUGUUUUA